ACACUUUCAUAAGGUUGUAGGGCUUGUAAGAGACAUGUGUAAAAAAGAAUGGUCAAAAUAGAAGCAGCAGAGGCCGAGUUAUCCUGACUUUUAUUCUAUAUUUCAUCCUGCAGUUCCCAUAAUGCAACUCAACUCAUUUACAGCACCACUACAUACACCAUAUGCAGAAAAUAUCCACUUUAUUCAUUUCAUUGAGAGGCUUGUCACAGUGGCUACCAGUAGAUGACAGGAACAGUACAAUCCCCAUGUUGGAGCAGUGACAGCAAAAGGUGAAACUACAGUGUCGCCACCAUUUCACCCAUGACAAACAAAAGAUUAUACAUACUAUCUCUGUGUUCAUAAUUCACAAUAAAAGGUGGCGUGGGCAUGAAACUGAAAAAGAUGAUAAUGUUUUAGUGUUGUCACUCAUGCAGCCUUUUUUGUACUCUCUUGCUCUCUGCUGCCUGCAGCAAGUGAACAGAAGCUAUUUGUCCUUAGCAUGAGUUCAUUUUGUACCUGAAAGAGCUGCAGGUUACUGUCGUUCGGGAUCUUCCAAACCAAUGGCAAAAGUAGAAUGUUAUUAUGACUUUCUAUUUGUUAACUCCAUUAUGCUGUGCCUGUAUGAUACUAUACUAUAAAUAAAUAUGAUAGCGUGCUACAAUGGCAUAAGUAAUUUGUUGCACUGUUGUUAAAAAAAAAGUGCAUUGGCUCAUAACUGCCAUGUCGAUCCCACUGAUUUUAAAGCCAUUAUGAACACUAGGGAGUGACUUGAAGUGUGUGUGUGUGUGUUUGCGCAUGUUAAAUGAGAAAAAGAGAGAGAGCCAGUUAAUUGUAUAUUGCAUUGGGUAUUAAUAGAACUUACAUGGAUUUCAUUAACUCUUCAUUUCCUUUUCAACAUGAGAUCUUAAUCUUGUCUGUCUAAUGAUUAGACAGACAUGUUGCUGUUUUCUGUUCAAGACACAAAUGAUCAGGGAUAAUUUAACACUACAUGUUUAAUAAUGUUGUAAUGCACUGGUGUUACCACGACACUCAUGUCACUCUGACGACUGGAUUAAAUGUUGCUCUCCAUGGUGCUGAAAUACUUAGAGUAUACCGGCUAUGGUGCUCAGACCACAUCGACAGUACAAUAGGAAAAUCAAACCUCAAUGUCAAUGCAUUCAAAUGUUUGGAAUUCUUUCCACUGCACAUGCUGUGCUGUGGAUUCUUCAUGUCCAUAUUUCAGUUGUAAUUGCUCCUGUUGAAAUGAAAUGAAAAUGUUAUUUCUAUUCCAAAGAUGUCGACAUCUAGUGGCAUAAAUAAAGCAUUACACUGUGCACGGCCCAAAAAAUCCAGGACACUACGUCACCUCCUCUCUUCUUCCUGUUUAUUUUUUUAUAGCACCACAGUGAAUGAAAUAUUCCGGGAACAUAUUUAACGGCCUUUGUUUCGUAUGGAAACAUUGGAACAAGCAGUAAAAUUCCCUCCCAAAUGGAAUUUCUACUAAAACCACUGUAGCUGAUGGCAGGUUGUCUGCUAGAAUGCUGCAUAAUUUUACACAUCAUCCAUUUUCCUGGUUAACUUAAAGUUCUCCACUGCUGUUCAGAGUGUGCCAGCAAACGCAUGUCGCGAAUCAGGACCACACUCGACAGCGUCACCAAGGCAGUAGGCAGCACAGACCUCAUUGCCAAGUUCUCCCGCCUGAAGCCUGGUAACGCCACAGUCGACAGCACCCAUGUGGCAGAAGUUCUGGUCAAAGCCGAGACCUUAACCUCUAACAACAACACAGCGACUGCCUCACCACCUGAAGCAACCAUGAAAGAAGGAGAAGAAGAAGGCGAGCAGAACACAGCAGAGGGAGAAUCAGACAAGCAAUGGCAGCAAGUUACAGAAAAACCCUUUGUUGCUACAAAGAAGUCCACAUCCAGUUUAGCUUCAGCAGCGAAUGUGUCUGCACCAAGCUCUUCCUCGACUGUGGCAAAACAAACUAUACAGCUGUUUCACCCAGCAGCUCUGUCCACCAACAUGGAUGAGACCUACAAAACUCUUGCUCAGCACAUCAAUAGUUACUUUGGCACCAGCGCACAAGAGGAAGAAGGAGACAACAGACCACUGCAGCAGCACAGAAAGGGGUAUGAUCCUGUUUCUGAGCCCAUUAUCAACACCGUUCCCCCUACAACUGGGGACCACAUUCCUAUUUUGUCUCCAGUGGCGGAUGCUAAAAGUAUUGAAGCACCCACUACCUCUCCUCCCCCUCCCUCUCCAUCUCCAUCAGAAAAUCUCAGUCCUUCAGUAGGUACGCCCUCUUCUGACAUCCCUGCAACUGAAAGCGCAGCAAAGUCCAUCCCUGCGCCUUCUACCUCCCCUAAAAAAGGCUUCACCCACUAUCUUUCCUACCCUCGGCCCAGCGUUCAGGCAUUUGUCGGCAGCUAUAUCGCACCCCUGGUCCCCAAAUUUAGAGGUGAUUCCAAAAGCAUUGCAGCUGAAAAAGAAAAGUCUUCAGCAGUCACUGCGGAAGAGCCCACUGUGGACAAGGCAGGAGAGAAGAUGGAUAGUGAAAAGGAGAAAGCAGAUAAAGUGAAGCAACAGCUGUUGACUCAAAGAGAGAAGAUAAUAGCCAGGGUGAGUGUAGACAAUAGGACCAGAGCCCUGGUGAAAGGCCUGCAGAGAGUUACUGAUGUCAAGCUCCUUACAAGUCGAGUAGAGGAGCUCAGCUAUCACCUCCUGGAGUUCCCCGAGACACGAGGUGUAGCUGUCAAGGAGAGUGUGCUGCCCUGCCUGCUGCGUUUGCGCCAGGCCAGAGACCUUCCUCUUCAGGCUGCUGUGAGAGAAGCGCUGGCCCUGGUUGGUUAUACCGAACCAGUCAAAGGCAGAGGAAUUCGGCUCCUGACCAUAGACGGAGGCGGAACAAGGGGACUGCUGGCCCUGCAGACUCUCCAUAAACUGCAGAACCUGACUGGCAAACGAGUCCACCAGCUGUUCGACUACAUCUGUGGAGUCAGCACGGGUGCCAUUUUGGCCUUCAUGCUGGGAAUUUUUCAGAUCCCCUUAGAGGAGUGCGAGGAGAUGUACAGGAAGCUGGGCGCGGAUGUCUUCAAACAGAAUGUCAUCGUUGGAACUGUCAAAAUGGGCUGGAGUCAUGCUUUCUAUGACAGCGAAAUAUGGGAAAACAUCCUCAAGGAAAGGAUGGGUGAGGGACAUAUGAUUGAGAGUGCCAGGGACCCAAACUGCCCUAAAGUGUCAGCAGUGAGUGCCAUUGUGAACAGGGGUUUACCACUGAAGGCCUAUGUGUUUAGGAGCUACAGACUCAUGCCAGGAGUGAGAUCCCACUACCUUGGAGACUGCAAACACAAAAUGUGGCAGGCUAUCAGGGCCUCGUCUGCCGCCCCAGGCUACUUCCAGGAAUUUGUCCUGGGAAAAGACCUCCAUCAGGAUGGAGGACUCCUUAUCAACAACCCCACAGCAUUGGCCAUCCAUGAGUGUAAGUGUCUGUGGCCUAACACACCACUGCAGUGUGUGUUGUCUCUGGGCACAGGACGGUACGAGACGGCGGGCAAGAACAACACAACCUACACGAGCCUCAAGACCAAGCUCACCAACGUCAUCAGCAGUGCCACAGAUACAGAGGAGGUGCACACCAUGCUGGACGCUCUCCUGCCCCCUGACACCUACUUCCGCUUCAACCCCUACAUGAGCGAGGACAUCCCGUUGAAUGAGAGCCGCCCAGAGAAGCUGAACUUCCUCAAGAGCGAGGGGGAGCGCUACCUGGAGCGCAACGAGGCCAAGCUGAGGAAUGCAGCUAGCGUGUUGGGCCAGGAGAAGAGCACCAUCCAGAGACUGGCCGAGUGGGCCAAGCUCAAGGCCGACAUGUACGAGGGUCUCCCCUUCAUCUCCAAGCUGUAGUCACUGGCUUGGCAGCAGUGUGACCACAAGAGAGUGUUUAAGGUAAGAAGACAUGGAGUGUAAAAACUCCCAAGACUUGAUAAAUUCAGUGUUGAAAAGGGAGCGUUAAGCAUCUAAGGAGGCAAUUUGGAACGAAAUACCAUAUAAUUUGUUUGAUAAUCAUCUAUCUAACACUAAAAGGACUGUUUGAGAAAUUUAUAACUAUAAUUAUUCAUUAAAAAAGACAACUAUACUGUAAAUAAUAGUGUGAAAUUACAAAUGUAAUGUAAUUUGUUUUUUGUGGGACAGAAUAUGUCUAUGAUGGAGACAGAAUAAUGUACUUUGAAAAGGAUUCAGCAGGUUUUGACACAUGAUCGUUCACUUGACUGAUCAGAGAAAGGGACUAUAGGAAUGUAUGUGUACACAAGUUCUAAAAUGUAUGAAUUUAAAGCUGGCUAAAAGUGUUGGUUGACUGACUGAUGGUUGAUUUUGGAACGCACAAAGACGGUAAUGUUGCAUUGACACAUGACCAUAUUAUGAAGAAUAAAUGAUAAUAUGAUAACUGUAGCUAUUUUGUAAAGAAAAAAAGAAAGAUGUUCUUUUUCAUUUUCAGUAACUUGAAUACAUUAAAAUGUAAUUAAUACGUAAUAUCACAGUGAGGACAUAAACAUAACUGCCUUUUGCUAACACUGUACUGAAGACAGACCUCAUGCACUUUGUAAAAUAUAAUUCUUAACCAAGAAAAUGUAAAUAAUAUUUGAAGCAAUUAUUAUUUGAGUGCUGUUGCUGUAAUUUAAGAAUAUGAUAAAAGAAAUAUUUCUGAUGCUUAAUUUCCCUGUCCUGUAUUGGCACAUACACCCACACUGACAUCUGUUCUGAUACUAAUGAGAAACUAUCAGAACGUGAUUACUGUUUUCCUCGGUACAAAGCAUGUUCUCCAUUGUGGCCCAUUAUUCAGUAUAAAGCAUUUGCCUUUAACCUCACUCAAGCCUGAAAAGAAAAAAAAAAUGUCAUGAAAAAAUAAAACUUGGUUUUCAAAACCGUCAUAAAAAA